AUGGAGGAGGAUAUGCACAAGGUGGAGGAAUUAAGAGCAGCCAAGAAAGAAUUGGAAACUAUGCUGGAACAGGAAGAUCAGAAAUGGAGGCAAAGAGCUAAGUUACAAUGGUAUCAAAAAGGGGAUAAAAAUACCAAAUAUUUCCAUACAUGUGCAACGGAGAGGAAGAGAAGGGGUUUCAUUACCAAGAUUAAAGAUCAAGAUCAGGUUCUACGAUAUGGAAAAGAGGUGGUGGAUAAUGUUCAGACUAAGGUAUCAGAUCAGAUGAAUGAUGCCCUUGGAAGAAUAUACACAACAGAAGAAGUAGAAUUAGCUCUAAAUCAAAUGUCCUCUUUAAAGUCACCAGGACCAGAUGGAUUUGGUGCAGGUUUUUUCCAACAACAUUGGCAUACUGUCAGGGAUGAGGUCUGUGCCGAAACUCUUAACUUUUUGAACAAUGGCUCCUUUUCCUCUUCUUUGAAUUAUACAUACAUUGCAUUGAUUUCAAAGGUUUCCAAACCUGAUGCAGUGCAGGAAUUUAGACCCAUUAGUCUUUGUAAUGUUCUUUAUAAAAUUGUUUCAAAGACUAUAUCAAAUAGAUUAAAGAGAAUUCUACCUAAUUUAGUUGCAAGCAACCAAAGUGCUUUUAUACCAGGUAGAUUAAUCUCUGAUAAUAUAAUGGUUGCUUUUGAGGUUCUUCAUUCUAUGAGGACUAAACAAAAAUGGAAAGUGGGGAGUAUGGCUUUAAAAUUUGAUAUUUCAAAAGCUUAUGAUAGGGUCGAAUGGAAUUAUUUGGAGGCUAUGAUGGUUAAACUUGGCUUUGAGCAGAAAUUUAUUUCUUUGGUGAUGAUGUGUGUGAAGUCAGUAAAGUAUUCAGUCCUAGUAAAUGGGAAUCCUACUGGUGAGAUUGUUCCAAGUUGUGGUUUGAGGGGAUCUCCCUACUUAUUUAUUAUUUGUACUGAAGGUUUGACUACUCUAAUCAAUGCGGCUGAGCUUAAAGAGCAAGGAGAUCAGAUUGGGAUAAUUUACAACAUCUUAAGGACCUAUGAAAUAGCAUCUGGUCAGAAGUUAAACAGGAACAAGACUUCAGUUUUUUUUAGUACAAAUACAUAUGCAAGUUUUAAGCAACAGAUUGUGAAUGACGUAAGGGCAAUAGCAUGUGGGAGCUAUGAAAGGUAUUUGGGAUUGCCAUCUAAUGAUUGUUGGAGGUUUUUGCAGAAUCCAGAUUCUUUAGUUGCCAAGGUCUUUAAAAGUAAAUAUUUCAGCAAAGAGAGUAUACUUGAUGCAAAGCUAGGUAACUCCCCAUCAUAUAUUUGGAGAAGCAUUUGGAUGGCUAGAGAGGUGUUGCAAGAAGGAUUAAUUUGGCGUGUUGGUAAUGGUAAACAAAUUAGCAUAUGGAGACACAAGUGGUUACCAAAGCCCUCAAGUUUUAGUGUUCAAUCUCCAAUUUCAUCUCUUGGAGCUGAGGCAAAGGUUUAUGAUCUUAUUGAUGAGGAGGUUCAUCAAUGGAAGGAAGAGAUUAUCCGAGCUCAUUUUCACGAAGAAGAGGCUGCAAUGAUCUAUAAUUUACCUAUUAGUAUCAGAAGGGGGCAAGACAAACAGAUCUGGAAUUGGAGUAAGGAGGGGAAAUUUUCUGUUAGAAGUGCUUUGCCUACUACAGCAUCAUUAUGCAGGAGGCAAAUUUGUGAAGAUUCUAAGUGUUCGAUAUGUGGUAGUGCUGAAGAGACUAUUAUGCAUGUAGUCAAAGAUGCUUUGCAGCUAAAUGAAUAUAAAGAAGCUCAAAAAAAGAAUGGUGGGAGAUUUGUUGCUGAAGGAGGAGAAAGAACAUACCUACAGAAGUGGAGGAAGCCAGCAGAAGGGAUUUUCAAAGCAAAUUUUGAUGCUGCUAUUGAUGCUCAAAAGAAGCUUCUUGGACUGGGAAUAAUCAUCAGAGACUGGGAAGGCCAGAUUGAGGCAGCUUGUAGUGAUCAAGUGCAGUUAGUAUCAGAUUCUGCAAUGGCUGAGAGCUUAGCUUUGAGGAAAACUGUGCAAUUAUGUUAUGAUUUAGGCCUUAAUAAGGUGCAAUUUGAAGGAGAUGCUUUAGUGAUUGUGAAUUCAGUAAACAAAGAUGAAGAACUUUGGACCUGGUAUGGGUAA